AUGAGACUCUUGGAAACUGCCCACGGGUCACAGCCACUUGGGAACUUCGUCAUCUACGAAGGAGACAAUGCGCCAGACUUUGCUAUUCUCUCCCAUACGUGGGGAGCAGAGGAGGUUACAUUGCAAGAUGUGCACGAUGCCCAGAAGGACAUCACACUGAUGGCCGGAUACCCCAAGAUCACGGGAGCCUGCCGAUUUGCUCAAAGUCAGGGGUACGACUACAUCUGGAUCGAUACGUGCUGCAUCGACAAGACGAGCAGCGCCGAAUUGUCCGAGGCCAUCAACUCCAUGUUCAACUGGUACGAGCAGGCUAGUAUUUGCUACGUCUACCUCUCCGACUUGGACUACUCGAUAUACCAGCAGCCAGGUAUGACUGCUCCGUUGGAACUGGCGCUGCGCGAAUGCCGAUGGUUUACUCGUGGCUGGACGCUCCAGGAGCUCAUCGCCCCCGACAACGUCGACUUUUACGACAAGAACUGGCAUCUUGUUGGCUCCAAACUCGACGAGUCACUCGGUCCCGCGCUCGCAAACGUCACGGGAAUCAGUCUCGACAUCCUGAACAAGACUGUUCCCCUGGAGUCGUCGAGCGUCGCCGAGCGCAUGCACUGGGCCUCGUCGAGAGUCACGACCCGCAAGGAGGACCUGGCCUACAGCCUUAUGGGCAUCUUUGGCGUCAACAUGCCGCUGCUGUACGGCGAGGGGAUGAAGGCUUUUGCGCGGCUGCAGGAGGCCAUACUCCAGGAUACGGGAGACCAUUCCAUUUUCGCGUGGCACAGCAACUACGAGACGUCUACGCAGGAGGCGGCGUUUGACCAACAUAUCCUCAGCGGCCUGCUCGCUCCGUCGCCGGUUGAGUUUUCCCAGUUUCAGUACCUUCGCCCGUUGCCGGCGUUCGGGACGACGGGGCAGCAGCCGAUCCAGCUUACGAACCAGGGGAUUAGGAUUUCCAUGUACCUUGAGCCCGUGGACGAUGACCAAGGGGGUGAUGACGGCAGCGCGGCGGACGACUUUUACGCUGUUUUGGACUGCGCUAUCCAGGGCGAGAACGGGGAUCAGUGCCCGCGCAUCAUGCUGAGGAAGUUGUCGGGGAACCAGUACGCCCGGGUCCGGACGGGGAGUGUCUGCACGGUGAUCCCGGCGCCGGAUUCGACGAGGCCGGGGCGGGGAAGCUACAAGACUGUUUUCGUCAAACGGAGCCCGGCGUAUGUUUUACCGGAUAUUUCUAUCCUCAAGGCGGGUUGGAAGGCGGGUGGCGCCCGGGAGGCGUAUCGGGUUGUCGAUUCAUAUCCCACGGGGCCGUGGGUGCCGAGUUUGGGGAUUUUGAGGACGGGGAACCCGUAUUUUGAGCCGGUGCUUGCUGGGUUGCGGUUUGAGUCGCUGACGAACGCGCGGAUUCAAGUGGAUGUUGUUGUCGGGUGGAGGAGGGUGGAUGGGGAGUGGAAGGUGUGGUGUCAUGCUUGUGAGGCGCAGGCUGAUUUGGAGGUUGAUGUGCUGUGGGGGGAUACGCAGUUUGCCGUGUCUGGUGGGCUGGAUCAGUUUGUUGAGACGGAUGUGGAGGUCAAGGUCCAAGUCGAGGGAGAUGUUGCACGGAAUUGGAGGAGUAGAGGGUUCGCUCAGGUCAAGAGGCAUGAGGUUCCUGUGCGCGUGAGGUUGGUGGAGGUUGAUAGGCUUGGGAGGAAGGGGGUUAGGAUUGAGUGUUGUGCGCCGUUGCAGCCGCAUAUUCCUGGCUAUCAGAAGACGGGGCUCUUGCCGUGGGACGAAUAUGAUUAA